AGCUCAACUAGUAGAGGAUUGCGUAACCAGUGCAUAGGUCAUGGGUUUCAAUCCCAGGAAACACACAUACUGAUAAAAUACUUUAAAUGCGCUUUGGACAGAAACGUGAGACAAAUCUGUAGAUGUAAAAAUGGCAUCUCAAUCCAAAAUGACUGAUUUCACACUUCCAUGGAGACUAAUAUAACUUGUAGAAAUAUGUAAUCUAACAUAUAAAAUCAGAGGAAAAAUGUAGUGCAUAGUAAGAACGAUCCAAUAAAUCAAGUGCACAUUACUUCGGAAGUCCCCAACGCAAAUCAGCUCCCAGCAGAGAACUGUAAAGCCCUAACGUGCCGAAAACCUUCUCUCCAGUACCGCAGUACACUGAGCUCCCUAUAAAUCACCUUAUAUUCAUCAUAGCGCUCCAGAUAUCUCCGCCCCCUCCGCGCUCACCAUUGGCCAAGUCUCCUCCUUCAAGCCCCGCCUCCUUCCUUGCCCACCCGCGAUUGGCGAAGGGGAUUUCUCCUUGAGCUGUCAAUCAAAGGUUUCUUUGGUGCACGCUCUCAAACGCCUUUAACGAUGCACAGUGAUGCUGAACCACUGAGACCGUCAGCUUCCCACAGAACCUCUGCAUUAUAUUCACUCCCGUCAUCCCGACGCAUUUUCCCUGGAUUCUUCCGCGCUCAGACUUAAAUUCUGUGUGUUAUUUUGCACAGGCAUUUGUUUGCGCGUCCUUUGGCACUCCAGCAGAUUGUGUUUGGUCUCCUUGCGCAGGGUCACUCUGGAGAACCGACCCGUCUUGAGGCACUCUUUACGCACUUGGAAGAUUUGUGGACUGCGGACGCGUGCAUAGCGCAAAAGGAGGAACGGUGUAUGCGUUUUCCUGCUCGCUGUUGCUGCAAGAACUGCCACGUACAAAUAAUAAACAGUCGGCGAAACUCGAACCAUGAGCUGCGCAAUGGUACGAAGCGCGCUCGCCGCUGCGCUCCUGGCGUUGCUGUGGAAAGGGCCAACCAGCACACAGGCAGCCGAGUUCGGCCACAUGCCCGACAACAUUACAGUGCUGGAAGGAGAAAGCGUCACUUUGAGAUGCAAGAUUGAUGAAGAGGUCACUCACAAAGCAUGGCUGAACCGUUCCAACAUCCUCUUCACGGGCACAGAUAAGUGGUCUCUGGACACCCGCGUCUCCCUGGUGAACAACAACAACAGCGAGUUCUCCAUUAAGAUAGAAAGAGUGAUGGUGACAGACGAGGGACCCUACAUAUGCAGCUUCCAGGCCAAAAACCAGCCCCACACGGCCCAUGUCUACCUCAUCGUUCAGGUGCCGGCCAGGAUAGUGAACAUCUCCGAGGAUAAAUCUGUCAACGAAGGCGAUGACGUGAACCUCCAUUGUCUGGCAGUGGGCAGACCGGAGCCCACCGUCACCUGGAAAGACUUCAAAUACGGUCUCAUGAGCGAGGGAGAAUUUCUGGAAAUCACAGAAAUCAAAAGGAACCAAGCAGAAGAAUUUGAGUGCAUCACCCACAACGGCGUCGCGCCUCCAGACACCCAGCGUGUCAAGGUCACCGUCAACUAUCCACCAGUCAUUACAGAUGUGAAGAAUAUGCCUGCCCAGCUGGGGAAGACUGCCAUUUUACGUUGUGAAGCCAUGGCGGUGCCCACAGCCUCGUUUGAAUGGUACAGAGAUGACAGAAGGCCAGUAGAGAGCGAUAACACGCUGAAGAUCAAAAAUGAGAAAACGCGUUCCCUGCUGCUUUUCACCAACGUCACGGAAAAACACUUCGGCAACUACACCUGCUUCGCCUCCAACCGACUCGGCGCUUCCAACGCCAGCAUGUUACUCUUCAUGCCCGGGGCGGUGUACGGCGGAGGGACGUCUCUCAACAGCCGUUUAUCAGGAGCUGGCCUUUGGUUCUGCCUCUCCAUCUCUGUUCUGAUGAAGGUCUAAAACUGUCCUGCCUUUGGAAGGAGUCUUUAAAAACGAACCCAUCACUGUGAACAAAAAGAAAUUAUGCAUUGAUCCAGGAGCCAUCGCUACAUCUCUCGGCCAUUCCUUCCCAUUUCCUCUCUCAUUCAGCCCCGUCGUGUAUCACCGCUUCAUUCCCGUUUCCGACGACGGUCACCGUUCAACGUCCAAUGCAAAUGAAAUGUCGCUGAGUAAUGUUAUGAACCGUUCAACAGUUUGGUGUCUCUCGAUGUGCGUGCUGGACAUGCUGUUUGUACUCCGUGGGUUGUGGAUCUGUGAAGAUAAAGGUGCUGACAAAAAUCCUGAAGAUCACGUGACUCUGUAGAAGCGUUUGUGGUUGACCACCAGCCGCCGGUGGCUCAAGGUGUGAGAGACAAUUGACAGUGCGUUUUUACCUACGUAGCUACGAUGAAUGAUGUCAAACCACAUCUUUCCUUUUUAGCAAGAAGGGGCGAAUCAUCUCGAGCCCUAGGUUGCGUUCAUUAAGAGGUCUCGACCCAAGGCAAACAUCAGUCUCCUGUCCAGCCACUACACUUCAGUCUGUCUGUCGGUCGGUCCAUCAAACGGUCCGUCACCCUCGAUGUAAAUAAAUAUGCAGUAGACGCCCCCCCCCCCCCAUUUCCAGUCAGGCUGUUUCAAUAUUUCAGCCUGGAGGAUAUUGCUGCCUUCAGGUCAUGUUGGGAUGAUCGUAUUUGUGACAUCAUUGUGUUGAUAGUGUUAUUGUGAAUGUUGACUGUACGUUAUGUUUUUUACGCAUUUCGUGUGCUGUUGAUGAUGAUCAAGCUUGAAAUACUAAACUAUUAGCCGUUUUACGAGGCUUGUGUGAGCAAACCACAUUUCUCAUUAAUGUUUGUGGCUAAUGUUUCUCUAUUUCAUCGCAAGUGAAAAACAGAGAAAGAAAUGCGAAAUGUUGACCUCCUGAUCUCGUAAGUGUGAUCUUCCCAAACGGAUCUUGAAGGCAGAAGACGUUUCUGGCGUCCGAAGCAGUUCCUCAUCUUCCUCGUUGCUUGUGGAUAGCAUGUACCGGUUAGAAAUGUCCCUCUUGUGACCUCACUUCCUGCACCGACCCCGUUUUAACCCCUGCACUGUGUACAUUUUAAUCUGCAAGGUUAACUGCUAUAACUUUUCGGUGUUAAUAAUGAUGAUUAUAAUAAUGAUGAUGACGAUGACAAUGUUAAUAAGUAUUUGAAUAAAUAUAGUAAUUCCGUGUACGAAAAAAAAUCGACAGAGCUCA